GGCCGGGCCAGCGAGUCACUCGUGCGACCGCCGCGCAACGAGCUGCUCGCUUUAUAUUGAAUUGACCUUAUUCAUCCGAUUUGAUCUUGAGCGGGAGGUCGAUAAACCUUCGCUGCUGUGUCAGUGUAUACCCUACGCAACGCGCACUCGGAACCGAGAGCCGGUUUCGCUUUGUUUGUUUUUAUGGAACGAGCGUGACAGUCAACAUGGUAGAAGUUAAGAUAAACGACGACGUCAAAGUUGGCGGCACCAACCAGUGCUUCAUCAUUGCGGAAGUCGGACAGAACCACCAAGGCGACAUCGAAAUAGCAAAAAAGUUAAUAAAAGCCGCUAAGGAUGCAGGUGCCAACUGUGUCAAGUUUCAAAAGACAUGUCUCAAAGAGAAAUUCACAAAGAAAUACUUAGAACGACCGUAUGACAAUCCCAAUUCUUGGGGUAAAACGUAUGGCGAUCAUAAGAGACAUUUGGAGUUCUCUGAGAGUCAAUAUAGGGAGUUGUUCAAAUAUGCGCACGAGGUCGGAAUCCUGUGCACGGCUUCGGCUAUGGACAUGGUUUCUUUCGACUUCUUAGUAAACAUGAAAGCACCAUUCAUCAAAAUUGGAUCAGGAGACUCCAAUAACUUGCUCUUCUUGAAAUACGCUGCAUCGAAGAAGGUUCCUCUCAUCAUCUCUACAGGGAUGGUCGACAAGACAGCUGUUAAAACAAUUUACGAUAUAAUAUCAGCUCAGCAUAAGAACUUCUGUUUAUUGCACUGCAUAUCAGCUUACCCUGUGCCUUACGAGGACUGCAAUCUGACUGUGAUCCAGGACUAUAUGAACACGUUCGACAUCCCUAUUGGAUACUCCGGGCAGGAGCAGGGCACUGCCGUUGCGUUAGGUGCCGUCGCUUUGGGAGCUAAGGUGUUAGAAAAGCACAUAACUUUGGAGAAGACGAUGAAAGGUACAGACCACGUGUGCUCGCUCACCCCGACAGAGUUCCAGCAGUUAGUGCGUGAUGUACGCGUCAUAGAGAACGCGCUCGGCACGCCCAUCAAGAAGGUCGUCACUUCAGAGAUCCCUUGCAUCGACAAGCUCCAAAAAUCCCUUGUGAUGGGCUGCACUAAGAACAAGGGUGAGAUCCUGUACCCCGGCGACGUGAAGAUUAAAGUAGCUGAGCCCAAGGGAUUGAACGCGCUUCACUUCGAGGAGGUCAUCUACAAGACGCUAGUGUACGACAAGAAGGAGGACGAACCACUUAACAGCGGAGACUUCUGCUAACAGAUGCUCAAAGUACAUUACAACACAAAUAUGACCAACAAAUCUAACAUAACAUAUCACUAUAUUUUAGAUAAGUACUUAUAUUUCUGUACUACUUUGAUCACAUCUAAGCAACAAAUGUAUCUAUAAGCAUAAUGUAUCUAUUACUUUUAAGAAAAACACAAAUAUACCAGAAAUCCAUCAUGUCACCGCUGUGUUCAGUUAUUUUUGUAUUGUUUAAAAAACGAUAGUUUUGCAAGCACAAUGACAGCAUAAUGAUUCGAAUUAUUGUUACGUCUCAAAUUGUAAAAAUGUGAAUACAAAAUAGAGUUAAGUCUAGCUAAAGAUAUUUGUAAAAAUGAAGGCCCUAAACAGUUUAGACAUUCAACAAUUACUUUUCUUUACAUAUAAAAAUUGUAUUAAAAGUUUACUAUGA